AUGAUGAAAACAAAAUUUGGAAAGAAGAAAGAUGAUAAGGGAGGCAAGGCUGAGCAGAAGGGCACUCACAAGCAUGGCGGCCUGAGGGAAGAGGAGCUGGAAAAAAUGAAAGAAGAACGUGAAAGGAUUGGAGCAAAACAUCAGGAGCUAAGGGAGAAGCAGGCAAGAGGUCUUAUUGAUUAUGCUACUGGUGGAAUCGGAUCACUGCAUGAUAUGGACGAUGAUGAAAUGGACCCCAAUUACGCCCGAGUGAACCACUUCCGAGAGCCUUGUGCAUCAGCAAAUGUCUAUAGGUCACCAUCUCCACCUCGGACUGGACCAUUGGGUUACCCUCGAGAUGGCCGUCCACUGUCUCCAGAGAGAGACCACUUAGAGGGUCUCUAUGCCAAAGUCAACAAACCAUACCAUCCGCCGAUGCCAGUUGACAGUGGCCGUCCUGCAAGUGGAAGCACUGAUCGCAUCCAGAAGUUACGGAAAGAGUAUUAUCAGGCACGGAGGGAAGGUUUCACCUUAUAUGAGGACGACGAGGGAAGAGCAAGGCUAGAUUAUGACUUUCACUGGGUGUCUGGAAAGGGUCCAGAUGGGAAUGCGCACAGCAUCCGCUUUGAGGGGAUGGAGAGACAGUACGCCUCCUUACCCAGGGGAGGACCAGCCGAUCCUAUAGACUAUCUGACGGCAACACCUCGAGGGCUCUACAAGGAAAGGGAGCUUCCCUACUACCCCGGGGCUCAUGCUGUGCAUCCUCCCAAAGGGAGCUAUCCACGCCCCCCGGACCUGAGGCUUGCAGACCUCCGCUAUCCUCAGUACUACCCUCCGCCACCGGCCCCCCAGCAUAAAGGACCCUUCCGACAAGAUGUUCCACCUUCCCCUCCUCAGCACCACAGAGCGCCAGCCUAUCAGGAAAUGGGUAGACCAGGGCCCCGAGGGGGCAGCCCAGACCAGUACCCCUACCGAGCCCAGGAUCCCAGGCAGAAGAACCCCAUGACUGCAGCUGUGUAGCUGAAUAGCCCCACGCUCAGCUCAGCCCGGCCCAGAAAGGGAGAUGGCUAACAUCGCCUUGGCCCUUUCUAGACUCCAAGGCCUUCUCCUGUUCAGAAUCCUCCACGGCACAGAUAGGUCCUUCUCACCGGGGUUGCAACACUUGACUGCUACCCCGAGGGGAAAAGGGGGGGACGGGAGGACCGGGGAUCUGAAGGAAGAGAAUGGACACGGGUCAUGAAAACAGUACUGCCCGAGGUCUGAAAUGCUUCUAGAAUUGUUCAACUCCGCGAGAGCGGCAGGUGACCAGGCAAAUAACAAAUAACCAUGGAGACAUAGCACGCGGCGCCUUCCUGGUGUGCGCGAGCCGCAUAAUACUGGCAGCGCGGAGACGGCCUCAGAGGCUGCGCCUCGGCCACCUGAGAGUGGCUGCAAAUGUGGGCAUCGUAAAUGAGUAGUUUUCUCAGUGAGAAAACAAACCAACAGCAGACAUGACUUGUGAUCUCUUUGAAAUGUUUAUACCCAGAAGAAGACUGCAUUUCUCUCUUUGUAGAAUUUCUCAGGUUCCUCGUACCACCCAUUUGGUAUAAGUAUUUUACAUUUCCUUGCUUUUUAUAUAUAAAAAAAUACGA